AUGUCUGGCAACGUUAUUUCCGAAGCACCUGGGAAGGAUCCUGAGAUUCAGGAGUCCGAGACCAAGGGCGAGAUUCGCAAGGCAUCGGCGGAGCACCACGAUGUCUACGAGAUCAGCGAGAAGCUCGGUUAUGACAGGAAAGGUGCCAUUGAUGCUGAGAAUCAGGAACAUAACAUGGGCGUUCUGGAGGCGGUGAGGAAGUACCCAGCUGCUUCGGGUUGGGCAUUUGUGAUGUCUUGCACGAUUAUUAUGGAAGCAUACUGUGUCUUCAUUGCCGGCUCCUUCAUCGCUCUGCCUGCCUUCACCAAGCGUUAUGGCCAAUACAGCGAGACCCAAGACGAUGGAACGGUGAAAUGGUUCGUCACAACUUCCUGGCAAUCGGCCUUGCAGAUGGGCGGUCCCGUCGGUGCCUUCAUCGGUGUGUUCCUUGCCGGUCCUAUCACAAGCUGGAUCGGUUAUCGGUGGGCCACAAUUGGCGGCCUCAUGGCUCUGAAUGGAUUCAUCUUCAUCUUCUACUUCGGCGACUCCCUCGGAGCUUUUCUGGGUGCACAACUUCUCGAAGGUAUUCCGUGGGGCAUCUUUAUCGCCAAUUCGCCCGCAUACUGCUCUGAGAUCGUGCCGUUGAGGCUGAGAGCACCUUGCACGCAGAUGUUGCAGAUGUUCUGGGCUCUUGGAGCUAUCAUCGUUGGUGGCGUCUGCUAUGCCUACAACGAGGACCCUGGCGAGAGGGCAUACAGAAUUCCAAUUGCUCUGCAAUGGCUGUUCCCCACUCCUCUUGCGAUACUCAUGUUUCUGGCUCCUGAGUCACCAUGGUGGCUCGUACGCAAGGGCAGAUUGGAGGAAGCAAAGAAGUCUGUCCGCCGUCUUGGUCGUGUUGGGGCUGUCGACACCCUCGAUGAAUCCGUCGCCAUGAUGAAGCGUACCAUCGAGCUCGAGAAGAGCGACAAGGAGCCCUCUUUGAUCGAACUGUGGAAGGGUACUGACCGCUACCGAACUUUGAUCGUAUGUGGUGUGUAUGCGGCCCAGAACUUGACCGGUAACCUCAUCGCCAACCAAGCUGUGUUCUUUUUCGAGCGUGCUGGCAUGAGCACUGAUACUGCCUUCGCGAUGGGCUUGAUCACUUCAGGACUGCAAGCCAUCUUCGUCAUGCUGUCUUGGAUCCUCACUACCUAUCUAGGUCGCCGUACCAUCUACGUCUGGGGUUCGGCAAUCAACACUGCAGUCCUGGUCGCAAUCGGUAUUGCGGGAUCGGUCGCAGACAGCAAUUCGUCCCAGUUGGCGCGGGCAUCGCUUGGUCUUAUUGUGUCGGUGCUCUUCUGUCUCGGCCCUGCUCCCGCCUCUUGGGUCAUUAUCGGCGAGACUUCGUCCAUUCGUCUUCGACCUCUGACUACCGGUGUUGGUCGUGGCGCCUACUACGCAAUUAACAUUCCCUGCAUCUACCUGUCCAGCUACAUGCUGAACCCGGAUGGCGGCAACCUUGGAGCCAAGUGCGGCUACGUCUGGGCGGCGACUGGUUUCCUCUGCUUCCUUGCCGCUUGGCAAUGGUUGCCCGAGAUGAAGAAUCGUUCUUAUCGCGAGAUCGACAUCCUGUUCAACCGUCGGGUUCAGGCUCGCAAGUGGAAGAAGACUAUCGUCGAUAUCAACGACGAUCACUGA